CUACUUUACGAUACGCGGCAUCUGCAUCUUUACGGUCCCAAUAAUUUUCAUUCUCGCUGUUCUAUGUGGCCCUUGACCCUACACAUAAGAUCAUUGUGGGCGCUGGAGGCUGGGGAACAGCGAAGGAUUCCCCUCUGCUCAAGUCUGAGAGUCAAAUACUUCCUCCCGUUACGCAGCUCUAGAAUACACACCUCCGCCCGACCAUGCAUUCACUACAUCUAGCUUCGAGUUCAAACACUAGGCCCUCUUCCAGAACGUUAGAUGCAAACAAUUCCACGAAACAACAUGGAAUUCCCACUCAAACAACUCGGAUAAAACAAUACAGUCCGUCCACCCUUUAUGAUUUGCCUCCAUCGGCAAAUGUCCUGAGGGCGACGAGCAAUCAGAGUCACACAUGCGCUAUCCGCGGUAGAAGACGAGCUCCCAUAAUAUCAUUAACUACUCCCAUGCAGUCUCGCAGACUGCCUACUCCACCAGGAGUAGUCGGCGCCACGAGCAUUGGUGCAGCAGAAGCUAUCCGUCAACACAAUUCUCGGUGGUAUGCAAGAGAAAGCCUCGAAGAGGCUUUCUACGACUGCCCGGAGACUAGCGUUGGGUUCUUAACGCCGUCACUCAACCAAUCGCACAGUGAUCCGCCGAGUAGGGAUGACGAUGACCCAACUGAAGAUACGAUUCGUAUCUUCUGCUGCUAUCUGCCAAAGAUUCAUCUUCCGCAGCUUCAGGGUAUUCCUUGCUUGGGGUUUUCACUUGCAAAGGGUAGGCCGAUAAUAGUAAGCGCCAGCAGUCAUGCUGCCCCUGUUGAACUGCCCCCAAGAGCCUGGCGCAAGAAGUCAGCUUCUGUUGCGAAUGAUGAGGCCAUUCCCUCUCUUGGAAAUUCGAAACCUGUUACCACUAUGGUGAAAAGGUCUAUGAGCUUCAUCCGAGGCACCAAGGUUGGGUCUCUUGGCCGAAGUGAUGGCACUAUUACUGUCUGCCGCAAUGCAUUAUUCAGCCGUGGGAGACGAACCGAUACGGUAUCUGAGAUGGCUAUAAAACGAAAUACCCAAGGCAAUAUACGACAUCAGAUGGAACUGCCCACAAUAGUCACUCUCCGACGCGCCAUUGCUGUUCUAAACACUCUCGCCCAGCCCCGUAUGGGCCAUUUCAGCGCUGACAUGACCGACUCUGCCAUGCUUCGCGAAUACCGUCGCAGCAUUCGAUCGAUGGCAUUGCCGGACGAGUAUUUGAUUACAUCUGAGGAGAUUAGAAGUUUGAAAAACCAGAUGAAGAGCAGAUUUAUUGAACCGGUUCCAAAACAGACUACCUUGCUCAAGAAGAAGAGAUCCUUGGUUGGGCUUGGUUGGAAGGGAAGAAUCAAGAAAUCGAGCAGCGGAUCCGUGGUUUGGUUUGGAGCUCCGCGCAAAAAUCUCCAGUCGAGAGCCGCGCUCUCCAUUUCAAAUACCUAUACAGAAUCGGUGUCAGUCCUAAACCGCGGGCGAAGGAGCCAUUUUGUGUCUCAUAUUGCUCAGCGAACGAGCAUUAUCCCCAUGCUGAUGACGGGGAAGAGUAUAUAUGAACUAGUCUGGGAAAAUGACGGCAAACCGCAGAACCUGUUUUCGUCGACAUGGAGCCUUGCGACUAUUCUGGCGCAGGUCGAUUUGGCGACUUGGUCUCGUAACUCAUAUCGCCAAGAGCCCGACCCAGCCCCCAUUGAAGAUAGAGCAUCAUAUGACGGCGGAACUGCAAUCACCGGUAUAAAGAGAACAUUUAAGACCACCUGGGAACACCAUUCCGAGAAGGCUUCAGAUGUCCCUUAUGACAUCGACAAAUCUCUCUCACUCUCCGAGGUGAAUAUUCCAAGCUAUGUGACUCAGCAGUUUUCCAUCUGCACACCAAAACCCAUCGCCGAUGGUGUAUGGCUCCCGCCAAUUUCGACCUUUGAAGCACCAUUGAUUGAAAUUCCGGAUGCCAAUCUACACACCUCGGCGCUGGACUCCGGCCCUACUGAUAGCAUUUGGAAACAUUACCAUGUCUCUUUGAAUACACAAUCUUUGCAUCCACUGUUAGGAAAACAAGGGUUAGCGGCAGCGGUAACUACUUCGCAACCCAAACCAUCGCUAUGGGGACAUUCCACACAAAGUCUAGUGAGAGUCCCAGUAGGCUCAUGGCCAAAGCCGUCACUAUGGAGCAGCGACGUCGCAGUCUCGGGUCAGAUGAAUGUCACAUGCGGUGGCAGAGAGUCAACAGCAGAAAAUACUGCGAGGCUAUGGAAGCGAGCCUCAGCGCGUCGUCUGCGAAGUACUCUGGGUAUGGGAAGCGGUGAGAGCUGGAGACGUGUGGUGGGCGUAGAAAAUAUCAAGGAUGCGGAGAUCGAUAGUGCUCUGUUAUCUGUUGCAGAGACCCUGGAUGAUGUGUCUAUUAUCUCUGAAGAUGUGGAAAGUGAUGGGUCAUGGAAGAGAGAUGCAAUAUCUCGGAAAGGGAAAAGGAGGUUGUUGAGGAGGAUUAGCCAGAGGGCCGGGCGUACCCGACAAAAAUUGAUUGCGGCACGAGAAGAAAAAGCUAGGCAGGAGACAGAGGAUGAAAAAGACAAGGGGGGAGUUGCUGAGGGCGAUUAUCCUUCUGAGAAGGCGGUCGACCAACGCGGGACGCUGGAAGAGAAGUCGAAGUAUGCGGGACCGGGAAUAGUGGAUGAGAAGCUACGACCACGCCUAGCAGGAGCUAUAUGAAUUUGUAUGGAAGCAACAGAGCUGCUGAUCGGAAGACUGGGGAUUAACUGCCCCUGAAGCUCGAGGGUGGAUCGCGGACUAAGCGUUAGUGUUACUACGAUUGUGUAGGGUGGCUGUAUUGUAAUGCAGACGACUGUCAUAUCACCAAUAAAAAUUGCUGGGACUAAAGGAUAGAAAGUGGCAUCAAUAACGUAGGUCGUGGCGAAACGGGACGGAUGGCGUAAUAGGACGCUUUGCCACGG